AUGCCUGUCGAGGAAGCUAUCAUGAAGCUGGAUACCAUCAACACCGAGAAGAACGCCAACGGUCGCUGGAUCACUGUCCUGGCUUAUGCCGUUGCUGGAUUCUGCACAGCGCCCAUGUUCUUCAAGGCCAACUGGAUCGACGCCAUUAUCUCGUUCUUUAUGGACGCUACAGUCGGUCUUUUGGUCUGGCUGUCAGAAAAGGUCCCUAGAUACGCACACAUUUGCAACAUCACCAUGUCUGCCUUAGUGGCCUUUGUCGCCGAAGCCCUUCGCCAACACAACGUCUGCACAUCCGCAAUCAAGUUUGCAGGCAUUAUCAUCAUCCUCCCAGGUUUCACCAUCACCUGCUCCAUCCUUGAACUCAGCUCGCGCCACAUCAUCUCGGGAUCAGUCCGAUUGUUUUAUGCAGUCGUGUUUUCGCUCUUGCUCGGAUACGGUUUGACGAUCGGCGCAUCCCUCUGGUCACUGUUUGACCACUAUACCCGUGACGACGAAUCCAAAUUCUCGGCAGAAUGCCCCAACGCCCCACUGAUCCCGCUCUGGAACAUCCUCUUUGUCCCAUUCUUUGCCAUCUCCCUCAAUGUCUGGCUCAAGGCCCACCCACGCCAAUGGCUCCUCGCUACCAUCCUUUCCAUUGUUGGAUACGCUGUGUCCUACACCUCCUCCGUCUACGGUGGCGUCAAAACCGAAGUCUCCUCCGCUGUUGCUGCAUUCGCGAUCGGUCUCUGCGGAAACAUCUACCAACGCCUCACUCGUCAAUUGACCUUCCAGGCUGUUGUCUGUGCAGUGUUCUUUUUGGUGCCCGGGUCGAUUGGUCUUGAGGGUGCGAUGGCUUGGUUUACGGAGGAUAUGUCGGGUGGAAUGAAUUUCGCACUACAGAUGGUUGUUACUGCGAUCGCCAUCAGUGUUGGGCUGUUUACAUCAGCACUGGCUAUUUAUCCUAUGGGCAAGACUCGGUCUGCUCAAAUGACUUUUUAG